AUGGCAGCUUCUGAAGAUUCAUUUAAAGAAAAGCUGACAAACUCUCUAACACAGCAAUUGAGUGAAUAUGAACUACUGAAAUCCAUGUAUCCAAACAACGAUGAUAUAAUAUUAACUGAUACUAAUAUACUUGUUGACAUAGCUAAUUUUGUGGAGAAUGAAUCAGAAACAGAAUACACUCCAGGUCAUUUGGAUUUUACUUUAAACCUGAAUGUAGAUGGUUCAAAAUUAGAAGUCAGUGUUAAUUUACCCAGCUUCUAUCCAAGUGAAGAACCAGACCUGUAUGUAAGAUGUAAUCAAUUGAAUCGCUACCAGGAGACAAGCCUGAAUGCAGAAAUGUCCAACUUUCUUAAAGAAAAUUUCGUUGGAGAAGUAUGCAUUUAUUCUGCAGUGUCAUGGUUACAAGACAACUUACCAAAAUUUACCGAACAACUCACUAACAAAGCUAGUGCAUAUAUCAUUCCAGAAUCAAAAUGUACAGACGAUGAUAAAUUUGUCAGGUUGUGGAUUUAUUCCCACCAUAUAUACAACAAAAGGAAAAGAGAUGAAAUAGAAUCAAAAGCAAAAGAUUUAAACCUGACAGGGUUUUGCCUGCCCGGGAAGCCUGGUAUUAUUUGUGUUGAAGGUGCAGGCAGUGACUGUAAAGAAUGGUGGUCAAUUAUUAAAAGUAUGUCUUGGAAAAAAAUUGUUAUAAAAAUGACUGAAACUUUUGAAAUUAGUGAAAAAGAAAAGGAACAAAAAUUUCAGAAGUUUCAGGAAAUCCAUUUUCCAAGUUCGUCAGUUCGCUCUAAGCAUGCAGAUAUGAGUGGACUUUCUAAGUAUAUGGAUGAGCAUGGACUGACAGAAAUAUUUAAAAAUAUGUUUGGGAUAAGUGAAUUUUGA